UGUGGUUAAUGAUCGCAUUAAGUUAGUCGGAAGACAUUCGCGAGUGUUAUUAUAUUGGAGUAUUCAAUAAACAAAGUGUAUCUGCCUAUUUUCGCUUCGUGUCAGGAAGCCGCUUCAUAACUCAAAAGUUUAUGCGGACUUUUGAGUUAAUUCGUUUGGGGUUCGGAGUAGGAGUCUACUCCGAGGGUGGGGGCUUAGGUUUCAUCAUCAUCACCUUUCAUCAUUUCAUUCUGAGAUUUCAUUAAUCAUCAAGAAAAAAAAUACGUCAGACAUGGCUGUAUGGGCAUAGUUCCCUUUGCCUUACCCUUCGGGGAAAACAAAAACAAACCGACAGCCGAAAUGUCAACUAAACCAAUUCGAUAAAAAAUUAUUAGUUUAAAUUAUUAUUUCUUAAUAAAGAUAGUUUUGUUCCAUAAAAAACUGUGGAAAAAAAUUGAAACUGAUUAUGGCGCUCCUGUCGCUUACAAAGUUAUUACUGACGAAGGCACCAUGUUACGCGAAUAAUCCAGCAAACUUGAAGGUUACAAUGCGAAACUUGAUGUCAAAACAACUUGUUUACGCCCAAUUUGGGGAUCCUUUACAUGUUGUGAAAUACCGGGAAUGCGCUAUACCGAAGCUCAAAAGUACAGAAGUAUUAGUUCGGAUGCUAGCGGCGCCAGUCAACCCAGCAGAUAUUAACACUAUACAAGGAAAGUAUCCUGUAAAGGUGGAACUGCCUUGCAUACCAGGAAAUGAAGGCGUGGGUAUUGUAGAGGAGGUUGGUGGGAAUGUACAAAAUAUCUCCAAAGGGAACAAAGUUAUUGUAACAAAACCUGUUCAGGGAACUUGGAGAGAUAUUGCAACAUUUGAUGAAGAUGUCUUGAUGGUUGUACCAGAUAAUCUUGGAGUUGUAGAAGCAGCAACUCUUACUGUCAAUCCAUGCACUGCAUAUAGGAUGUUGACUGAUUUUCAACCAGUGAAAGAGAAAGGACUAGUGGUGAUUCAGAAUGGUGCCAAUAGUGCCUGUGGACAGAAUGUUAUUCAAAUCUGCAAGUCUUGGGGUGUUAAAAAUAUUAAUAUCGUUAGAAAUAGGCCCGAUAUUGCAGAUUUAAAGAAAUAUCUUGAAGAUUUGGGUGCUACCUAUGUCCUCACAGAAGAAGAGGUGCGUUCCACAACAAUUUUCAAGGAGAAAAAGAUUGAGAAACCAUCAUUGGCACUAAACUGUGUGGGAGGGAAGAGUUCAACAGAAAUGUUGAGACAUUUACAACAUUCAGGAAAAAUGGUCACAUAUGGAGGCAUGUCAAGAGACCCAGUAAUUAUUCCGACGUCAGCAUUUAUUUUCAAAAAUGUUUCAUUCCAUGGUUUCUGGAUGACUGCCUGGAAUGAGAAAGCAAAUCAAGCUGAUAAGGAGAAAAUGAUGAAAGAUAUUAUCACAUUAAUGUGUGAAAAUAAACUAAAAGGACCUGCCCACAAGUUAGUGAAGUUUGACCAGUAUCAAGAGGCCUUGGGAAAUGCAUUGACUACCAAAGGCUUUAUUGGUUGCAAAUAUAUUUUAGAUUUUAGCUGCACUUUCUAAGUCAGUAAUAGUACUUUCUGUUACUUUUGCUAGAUUUUAAUUCAUUGCAAUAAAAUUGUAUACAAAUGUUA